UUGAAGCAUAUCUGAACGGGCCUGAGGAAAAGGAAGUAGAAGAUACUGCCGGAAGUGACGUCAAACUAACCUGUGAUGUGAUUGGUUAUCCCAUCCAGUAUGAAUGGCGUGAUGAAAACAAUUCCUUGAUAGGUACCAUCUAUUCAUCUAGUAUCGGAUAGCGCAUUGUUUCCCUGAAGACGAAUGUUCUGUUUGGACAUACAUGGUCAAUGAAAAUAUAGUUUGUCUGAUACAGCAUUUGUCUGUGCAAUCACGUGACUUGUCAUGUGACUAAUUCAGUCUCAUUCAGUCUCAAUCCUCUAAUACUAGUCUCUAAUCCUCUUCGAUUCGGCGAUUCCGCUUACGGUAAUUUACAAUAAUAAUAAAAACUACAAUUAUUUACAAUUUUCAAAUUAAGAAGUGAAACUAAUAAGAUCUUUGUAAGUUUGCAUGGCGAUAAAACAUAUAAUAGUUUUGUUUGUGGAAUUAACACCGCGUAAAUUUAUUACUGCAAAGCUUUCGAUCCGUAAGCUCGGAUCUUCGUCAGUGCUAAUAAUAUCUUCUCAAAGUAUGGCAUGUUAAAAAAAUAUAAAAAAUUCAUUUAUUAAAUUAGUUUUUUUUAUAAUUUUUUUAACAUGCCACACUUUGAGUCUUUGACAAUUUUUACAAUUAGCAAUUAGAUUUUAUUAAAUGUGUCGAAAGAGAGAAAUUAGACGAUAUGUCACAUACAAACGGCUUGAAAUCAUUAGAAAGCAAAUGUUCUUUAAGUUGUAUCCUUGAGAUCAUCGGCCGCAUGCUGUCUUAAACCGUGGUAUCUGUAUUAAAUCGCACUUCUGUGUCAUGAAUCAUAGUUGAAGAUCUAGCUUUUAUGGAACUUGAUAACAGAGAUAGAUUGGUUGCUCAAUACUAAAUCACUUUUUUAUAUAUUGACAUUUAAAAUUUUAAUCAUAAUUGUCUAAUGUCUUUGUAUAUAACUUUGUUUUAGUGGAUGAUUCUCGAUUUACACCUAAAGAAAGUGUGUUGCAUAUAGACGACAUUGCUGAUUACGAAGAUCGGAAGAAAUAUUCCUGUCUCGGAAUUGGUACAAAUGGCACUAUUAUACAAACUACUAUUCUGAGGGUGAAAGGUAAACAUUAUAUCUCGUAAAUUUCUGAGAAAUUUGUUCGGUGAAAACAACCCUACAUUGUAGCUGGGUUCAAAUCAUGCAUUUCUUGUUUGUUUCGACUAUAAAUGCAUAUAUAUAUAUAUAAAUAAAUGCCAUAUAAUAAACUUUUUAUUAACUUCACUUGCUCGGUCAGUUUACAGAGAAAUAUCGCGGACCUCGGUCUUUUUGUACAAACCUUGCCCUCGCACAUAUAGGGUAUGUUGCGUAUAGCGGCAAUGUUUACUGAAAUGACAGAGGAAGUGAUGUAAUAUUUUCGAGUUAAUUCCAGUACGAGUUAUGUUACAUAAGGGGCAGGGGCGCUGAUAUAAGGGUGAAAAUGAUCUGAUCAAUUAGUAAUUUGACAAUUCUUUAUGCAGUUAUGCUCUUCAUACGAUAAUGCAGAAGCUAUUUUAAAUUCCCAGGAGCAUAAAAUCUUGUGCUUUAAGGCGGAUUUUCAUUCAAUUCAAAAUGUCGCACGAUUGAUUUUUUGCGGUCGCUUUCUUUUGAAAUGCGUGCACUCAGCUACAGCUAAUCAGCUAAUGAGAUUUGUUCCGCUUGACUGUUUGUAUUUCAAAAGAAAGCGAUCGCAAAAAGUCGAUCGCGCAAAUUUUGCACUGAAUGGAAAAAUCCGCCUUUAAGCGAUCACUUGAGAAAUUCCCAAGAGUCACCGCUUAAUACAGGUUCGACUGUAAUUUAACAAUUCUUUAUGCAGUUAUGCUCUUCAUACGAUUAGAAGCUAUUUUAAAUUCCCAGGAGGAUGAAAUCUUGUGCUGCAUGAACAGCAAUACAGUACAGGGUGUAUCAAAAAAAGCCCAACCUCGGAAUUUCCCAAGAAAUCGACAUUGUUUUAAAGACAAAAGAUUUUAGGCGCCUGGGAAUUUAAAAUAGCAUAACUGUCAAAAUUACUGCACACGCGAGUGCAUAAAGCAAAAUUUAUGCAUUUAUUUAAUGCACAACAACAGUAAUAUGACUAUUAGCAAUUCGAUUUCAAUUCCCAGGGGCCUAAAAUCUUUUAUGCUUAAGAAUUGCAAAGUGAUUUCUUAGGAAAUUCCGAGGUUGCGUUUUUUUUUAUACACCCUGUGUAACUUAAGUAUGCAAAGAGUCUAUUCAGCUUAGCCGUCUCACAUGAAAGUAAGGACGAUUGGCACACAUUUGUACCUCGACAUAUGAUUCAAAUUACCAAGAGUAAAGUAGGUCGAUACGCUAUGUUUCCAACUUUCUACGUAUACACAAUUUUAUAUUUAUUUCUGGGCUUGUAUCCAGCUUUUCAAUCAACGCCGUCAAGCCAAACAGCAUCAAAACUUUCAAGAAGACAUUGCCGUUCUGGACUGCUGUCAUGCCGAGAUGCCAUUUAUUGUAUUCCCGAAAGUUGGGAAUGUGACGGUUUUGCCGAUUGUAAAGAUGGAAGCGACGAAGAUUAUUGUAACCGUACUGAAUCAACUAGUG